GUUCUGUUCUCUCUCUCAACCCCCAUUCUCGAGAUACAUCUCAGUAUACAGGUUCUCGAGACUAUCUCCAACAUACCAUCAAUGUGGUAUCGAUCAGCUUCAAAUGAUACGACCAGCAUGAUCUCCCCGCCGUGUCCAUCCCCUUGUUGAACCAUCUACUACUCUCCGUCUCUCGAAAAGAUCCCUUCGAUCCGCUGUCAAUCCACCGAAUCUACGUUUCAUCAGACUACAACCCCCCGUUGCCAACCUCUCAUCGAUCUUGCCGGUUGCGGUGGGUAAUCCUCAUCUUACGCAAUCGACUCAACCACCACUCGGGACCGACAACCACCGACUCGCCCGCUCCACCGACUCCCGUUCCUCCUCCUCUCCCCUCCUCUCCCCUCUCGUCCCUCUCUCUCCGACUGCCUCGCAGGUAAAGUCUGCGCCCCAUCGAUCACCAUGGCGCUUCCCCACCAAGGCUCUCGAGCCUCACCACCCAUCCAAGACAUCCCUCUCCACGACAUCGAGGCCCCCCGAGAUCAGGAUUCCCCAUACUACUACUCCCGCUCCCGCUCCGCCCGGAACCAUUCCCCGGGCGUCUCCGAGAAGCUGGACGACUUCUUCGACGAUUGGCAAACACACAUUGAUCGCGCCUUCACCAACUUCCUGGUCGCCCUCACCCCGAGUUUUUGGCAACAUCUGGUGGGCGGCCAGCCUCCCGAGGCGGGCCGCCUCCAUGCCAUCGCCGCCCUGGAUGGUCUGCGCGGCUGGGCCUGUCUCUUGGUCUUCAACUUCCACUUCCUCUUCACCUACACCUGGAAGGUCGCCGUCGGCUGGGGGUUCAAUGGCGAAAACUACAGUCUCUGGCAGCUGCCCAUCCUCCACAUGGUCGUCUCCGGUCAUAUCAUGGUCGCCAUCUUCUUCGUCAUCUCCGGCUACGUCCUCUCCUACAAACCCAUCAAGACCAUCCGCAGUCGCAUGUUCGAUCAAACCUUCCUCACCCUGGCUUCCUCCACCUUUCGCCGCGGCCUCCGACUCUACGUCCCAGCCAUCGUCGGCUUGGCGGCCGUCUUCAUCGCCGUGCGCAUGGGCUUCUACAACUACUCCUUUGGCGUCAUCAAGGAGGGUCACACCAUCCAGGGCACCAACGAGCAACACCCGGAGCUGAUGGAGCUCCUCUACGACCAGUACUGGGACUGGCACCUGACGAUCAUGACCCUCAUGAACCCCUGGAACUGGGCCCUCUACUACAACUACUACAACCCGCACCUCUGGACCAUCCCUGUCGAAUUCCGCUGCUCCAUCGUGCUCUUCCUGACCAUCCUGGCCACCUCCCGCGCCAAGACCGCCGUUCGCUUGUCGCUCGUCAGCGGCCUGAUCUGGUUCUGCAUGCGCUGGGGCCGCUGGGACGUCGUGCUCUUCCUGAGUGGCAUGCUCCUGGCCGAGGCUGACCUGAUCAAUGGCACGUGGGAGCGUCCGCCCCGCCCGGCCGACGGCUCCGACCCCGAUGACGGCUUCACGCUCCCCCGCUCCCUCCAGCAGCUCGCCCGCUACCUCGCCAGUCGCAAGCUCUGGAUCGGUCUGUUCCUCGUCGGCCUCUACCUGGGCUCCACCCCCAACACCGGCUGCCGCUGGACCCCCUUCUACAUGUGGACCUACCAGGUCAUCCCGGAGACCUACCCCGAGCCCCACCGGUUUCCCCAGACCAUCGGGGCCGUGCUCAUCGUCUGCAGCAUCAACCACUCCAAGGAGAUCCAAAAGCUGUUCACCAACGGGCUCUCGCAGUACCUCGGCAAGAUCUCCUUUGCCUUCUACAUCGUCCACGGACCCAUCCUCCACUCGCUGGGCUACUCCCUCAUGCCCAACAUCUGGAGCCUCACGGGCAAGGAGACCAACUUGCAGUACUGCAUGGGCUUCCUCAUCGGCUGGAGCAUCUGCCUCCCCAUUUCCAUCUGGGCAGCUGAUAUCUUCUGGCGCGCCGUCGACAUUCCCAGCGUCAAGUUUGCCCGCUGGGUCGAGAGCCAAGUCAUGAUCAAGGGGCCAACCCCGCCGCCCCCUAAUCCCAACCGAUCAGUUUAAACAGUCUUCUCCACCCUUCUCGCCCUCUUUCAUAAUCUUCAUCAUCCUCGGACUCCCAAAAAAAAAACCUCUAGCUGGCCUCUAGCGGGUACGAUCACUAUCCCCCUCUCCUAUCUCUCCCACCUUCAUUCCUUUGGCCUUUCCCGGUGCUAGGUCCACAGUCAGUCAGUCAGUCAUCAUCUUGUAUUUCUUCCCGUUGGGGUUGGUAUGGACGUGGGGGGUUAGAAUCGGAUUUGGAUACCGAAUGGAUUCUUGUACAGCGCUUUCCUUUUUCUUGUUCUUCUCUUUUUUUUAUUCUUUUGUUUUUACAGUUGUAUAUACCAUCUACCUGGCGUAGUUUGCGGUCUUGGAUUCCUCGAGGACUACCUGGACAUUGUCGAGUUGUAUUGUUAUUGAUUUAUUUAUUCUC